AUGGCUCGCGUCAAGCAGGGCGUAUUUUCAUGGGAGGAUGUGCUGGCCCAGCGGUACCAGAGUGAGUUCACCCUUUUCGUUCGCUUCUAUCUUUCUUUUCCAAUGGACUUUCCAGGCAACAAACCUCCGCCGCUCCCCCGCACGCCUCGGGUACCAUCUCCGCCGCAGCCUCAACCCCAGAGUCGCCUUCUCGCCCGACUGUCGCCCGAGCUGCGGCUCAUGAUCUGGGAGUUUGUCCUGGGCGGACACAAGCUGCACAUUAUCCAGCGCGGUGGCCGGCGACUCGGACAUGUCGUCUGCCCCGACGAAGAGAGCUGCGAGAUCUGCCAUGGGAAUGGCAUUGCGCAGCCUGUGAAAGAGGCCGGCCCGGUCUUCUCGAGACCCGGCCGGGAUAAUAUCCUCGCUCUGCCAUUGGCAUGUAGACAAAUGUAUGUACCUUCCGCCAUUCUUUCUUGGGUUGCGUAUAGUUUAUACUUUGUACCUACUUACCGACCCUCCCUAAGGUACUCCGAAAGCAUCCACCUCCUCUAUUCCCUCAACACCUUCGAAUUCAGCAUCCCCUGGACCCUCCCCUACCUCCGCCCCGCCAUCCCCCGCGCCCACUGGACCUCCAUCCGCGACGUCGAGCUGCGCUGGUCUUUCCCGGGCCACUGGCUACCCAGUAAAGACCCGGUGCGCGCGGUAUACGUAUCAGCCGGACGGGCCCAAUGGCUCGAAACAUGUCGCACUGUGAGAAGACUGCCAGCCCUGAAGUCGUUCGUGCUCGUACUAGCGAGUACGUGGUUCUGCGAGCCUGUGGAGAAACUGGCUGUGUUUCUAGACCCAUUAAAAGAGAUACUGGCUCACAAACACAUCCACAACCCGAUCUAUGGAUUGGUGGAUGAUACGACGUUUUGUAGCGAGGACGAACUAUUACUACUUGACUCAGAUGUGGAGCAUGACUCGGACUCCAGCGGGAGUUAUAGAUGGCGAUCGUCGCCGUCGUCUUUGUCCUCUUUGUCGUUAUCGCUUGACGAUGCUCCAAGCAAAAAUGAGGAUCUGCGCUGCUGCAACGAUGAUUCACUUUGUAUAUGGGAGCUCCGCCUGCAAGGCCAGUCAUACUAUGGCCAUGAGCUCAAGCAUGUGGAGGAGGAUUUGCGACGGAGAGGUAUUGGGUGCUGGAUUUCCGCGGUGUGA